CUCGAUACAAAGGCUUCCCCGCUACUGAGAUUGACGCAUCUUGUAUACACUCACAUACUGUUUGAUAUACCUACAGUAUUUUCUUAUUCCAGGGUUAGAAGCUUCGACCACCGUUCCUUAGACCCGUUCCUCCGCGUGCUCAUCGUAAACCGGUUCCACCCUUCGACCGAAUUUGGGUGUGCUGCUGGCAAUGGAUGACGGUUUCCGACAGCCUGCCAAACUUCAAAAGCGAAAGAGUCGCGAAAGACAAGAGCUUGAGCAAAUGACCGGUGGCUUAAGCGGUCAACCUGCAGCCAAUUCCUCACAACCUAUGUCAGGCUCCGAGAACAUGACGUCGGCUGAGAAGGAGAAGCGAUCGAAAUGGCGCAUGUCCAAUCCAUUCUCUUCCAAAGAGAAGACGUCGAAAGACAAUUUGAAUCACGCUCACAAGGAAGAAGAAAAGGAAAAGGCUCGCAGGGAUGCCGAUUCGGCGUAUUACAGUAGCGAGCGCAGCAGCGCAGAUCCGAGCUUCAGGAACCAAACGCGACCAAUCUCCGGUGAACAGUAUCACCAUCCGCCCACGAACAACCAAGCACCUCCUGCUCACACUACGCCGCCAAACGGGCAACAUCAAAAUACCCUAGCGCCUCCUACGCAAACACAACAAACGCUUCAAAGUCGCUCGAGCCAUGAGGAUGUGGGUAGAGAGACAUAUCGCGAUGCCGGUUCAGGCAACAUCGUCACCGUCACAACGACGACCACAACAACGACGACCACUACAACCGGUCCGGGUGGCUCUACUACUGUAGAACAGCCCCGCGACAGCGUUGCUCCGUCUGAACAAAGCGUACACACUUCUGGUCCCAGCCCACCACAGCCGGCUCCUCCUCAGCCAGACAACCACUACCAUCAAGGACCUGGUCUUUCAGCCCAGUCUGCUAUACCUCAAAACAUCACCCCGCCAGUGCCUAUGAGCAACAACCAGCCAGGCAACAGACUCUCUCCACAAGUCUCCAACACCGACGGUCCUUCGUCUCCACCCAUACCAGCGAAGAACAACAUACGGCAUAGGGUAGAGCUGGACUCAGUAUCGCCCGGGGUUCAGAGGCCGAACCCAAUGGAGGAAAUUGUCAGCCCGGUCUCACCAAGCAGCCCGAAUCGUGCGAACUUCUCCUACCCUGCGAGAGCACCACCCCAAGGAGUUCCACGCCAGGUGCCUGGGAACGGCAUGCAUCCAGACCACCAGCGGAUGGACUCUCAGCAACACCAGGAUGGCAUUCCACCUGUACCUCCCGUUCCAGGACAACAGCAACAGCAGCGGCGAUCGAGCAUCCCUCAGAUGCCUGCAUACCAACAGCAGCAGUCCGGCAUGCCGCCAAUGCCCAACCAGCAGCCAUCCAGUAUACCCCCUAGCCUACAGUCCGGCAUCAACACCAACAACGUCAACGAUCCGAACCGCCCAGUCCCAUACCGCGCUGGUCACGAUCUGAACAAGCAGAGCACGAUGGCGAACCUCAAAGCGGCAGCAGCGGGUAUUCAUGGCGCAGGAGAAACCCUCCGCGGAACCUUCAACGACACAUUCGACCGCCGCAACCCCGCCGCGCACGCAAAAAACCAAGCCGUCAUCGACAAAGGCCGUUCGGAAAUCGAAGCCGCACGCGCCCGCCAAUAUGCCGCUCAACAGCAGCAGCAGCAGCAGCAACAACCACAACCACAACACAUGGGGAACCACACAUCGGUGUCACACCCUCAGCCACAAGGGCCUACAAUCGGGGCUGCACCACCUCCUCCGUCGAGCUCAGGGCCCUCAGCGGUACCGGGCAAGACGGCGUAUCAAGGGCCGCCGGUGUCUGGAUCUCAUAUUGAGGGGAGGAGUGGUACAGGUGGGAAGUUGAGUAAUAUUAUGAAGAAGAUGAAGGAGGGGCCUACUCCGAGGCAGGAUGGGCCUGCGAAUCACUCUUGAACGCGUGGUUUAAUCAUGGGCUGCUGCGAUGGGAUGGUUUUGCGUAGGGUCAGAUACCAUAGUAAAUGUGUUAGUGAGAUGAUUUCAAUGAGUAUAUUUUACCUUGAGUGGAAGUGGAGUUGGGUAAUGGGUUAAAAUCCAGUAGCAUGACAAGCAUGACAUCAAAGCAGAAUGUAAAGAUCGCAGCCAACAUUCCAUGUAUCACAAUAUGAGAAUGAGGGUUAUUGGCAUUCUGAAUUAUUCGUUUGACU